AUGUCUUGGCCGCGAAGAAGCUCUCAAAGGGUUCCCCCCGUACAAGACGAUCGCCGCACCUCAACAGUUAUACAGGAUGAGCCAGGAGGCAUCGCUCUGGUUACGGAGAAAAACCAAGAACUUUCGGAGGAAUAUCAAAGGUUGCUUGAUGAUUACCAACAAAUGAAAGUUAACUACGAAAUUGUGGAAGGAAAGUACCAGGAUACGCAGAAAGAAAAUGUUAAAGUUAAGAGGCACAUGGAGUUAAACGAGGAGAAGUUUAACAGGGAAAAGACUGGUCUGGUGAAGCAGAAGGAUGACCUUAAUGCUCAAAACGAAAAACUACGCAAAGAGCUUCGAGAAAAGAGCAGCAAGGUAUGCAUAAAUUCCCGGGAGGGUGCUCAUCAUAAUGGCCUAUACGGGAGGCUCGGCCCGAAGAGGGUAACUUCCCCCCCAGAUUUGUAAAGAACUUGAAUUAUCAUUUGAUGCAAGAGAAAUUAUUUCUGUCAGACCACAUACCCGGGGGGGUCCCUAUAAUGGUCUAUAGAGGGAGGCUUUACACAAAAAGGGUACUUUUUUCAGGCUUCGGGUAUAUGAAAGGGUAGGGAUUUUACCAGCUGAAGUAUACGAAAGGUUAAGAAAAUCUGUCAUUUCACUCUUAAAAAAAAAAAAAAAAAGAGCUAACAGAUGCAUUCAUAGUCUGCUACACAGCCGUUUUUAGUGUCGUCACGCAAAGGAGCGUUGCGUGACGACCCUAACAACGGUUGUGUAGCAGACUAAUGCAUUCACGGCUGUGAAAAAGUUGAAACAAUGUUCUGGUUUUGUGGUUUAUUCACAUUUUUAACCCUUUAAGCCCCAAUAUCCACAUACAAAUUCUCCAAACUGAUCUCUAUAAAUUUUCUUAAAAAAUAAGUUGAGAGAAUUUGAUGAAAGAUCAAAGCACUUUCUCUUAGGUGAUCAAUUUAUUAAUUCUCAUAACCUCAUCUCAUGACAAUCAAUGGAUAUGGUUAGGAGAAAAUUGAUGUUGGACACCAUUGGGACUUAAAGGGUUAAAGACAGUGCAGUUACAGCAGUUUAAAGGGAUACUAAGUUCUAAGCUAGGUAUGUGAAAGGGGUCUUUUAUGUCAAAAGAAGGUAUGGGAAAGGACUGCAUUUUCCGCCCAAAAUGGUAUAUAAAAGGGUAAAGGGGUGGAUCUCGGGGCGACGUCUCCCCGUAUAAAGCUUUUUUGAGUAUCUCCGGGCAUAAAUUGUACUGUUAACUAUCAACAAUAGCAAUACAAAUAAUUUUAAGACGAGAUAUGAACCCACAAGCUGAAACCAAGCCUAUUAUUCUCUGCUGGUCACGUAGCCUGCUAGAAAGCUUUCAAUUGAUGGCGAGCGAAGCCCCUGCCACUCUCGUCUCCUUUCGCGUGCUUCUCUCGCGUGCGUUCUCGCGACUCCCCCAAAUAGAGAGCUUGCUCGUAGGCUACUGGUCACAGGGUGAGGAUAAAAAAGUUAUUCAUACAGCCUUUUUAGCCAUCUAAGUGGCUCCACAAUUUAAUCUUAUGUUUAGCCAUCAGGACCAAAUUAUUACCGUGGUGCUGAAAUUGGAUCUCUAAAAUUUACUGAGGUUUAAUUUAAUGUUAGGAACUCAGCUCGAUAGAAAGAGAGAAGAGGCUCUUCUUCUCUUCCCCUAGCCUCCAACGCAGGUGUUCUUAGGGGUUCGUCACGCGUUCAGGGCAGGAACGCGUGACGAACCCCUAGGAACGUCUGCGUGCGUGGGAGGCUACUCUUUCCCCUAACUAUCCUCCCCUGAGCGAUUUAUUUGUUCCCCCUCCCCAGUCCCCCAACAACUAAAAGAGGCCGCUGCGGAGGGACUGCGGAGGAGAGAGUGUGCUAGCUGUCAAGUAUCAACCGCCUCUUAUGACUCUCUUAUCGCUCCUAGUCGCUGUCCUUGCGGGGGUAGAGGGGGUGGGAGUUUCGGGAAACGUCCCUACGAUGAGAGGGGUACUAGGGAGAUUACUUUUCAUAGUAAUUGGUGUCACCCUCUUAAAAUAAAGGUUAUUCAGUCGAGCUGUAUUUGCUGAAUAGCUUCGUAGUCAUAAACCAGCCUUUAUAAGUCAGAUUAAAAUAUUAUUUUAUCCGUUUUGAAAUCAUUGGUGAUCCUCGCAAUCUGAAAGGCUCUUAGAGUGUGAUUUAUUCACGAAUCAUACUAUUUUUUUCCUAUAAAUCAUAUCUGUUCUAAACCGCGUAAAUCAUGUUCCAUUUUUGCUCUCUAUCGCAUCGUUUCUGUUUCGAAUACAAAAUGCGAUGCAAAAGCCUUUUUGUUUCGACUUUUCAACAAAGCGGCUACUUGAACGAUAAAAUAUUGGUACUGAACGAUAAAAAAUAUUGGUACUGACUAAAUUCUGCAUACUUGAUUUUGAAAUAACGCUAAAAUAAAGUGGUAAUUUUGCCACUUCGUGUCGUUAUAAUUUUGGUCUUAGAAAUCAUAAAUAUCUUGGAUUUAAAAUUUGAAAAAUAACGCAUACGAUUUUACUACCCACAAAUUGCAAAUUAAGCCCUGCUCUAAGCCAUUCAUUUCAAUUACGGUUAUUAAUCUUGUUUCAAUCUCUAGGUCGGAGAUUUGCAGAGGGUGCUGGUUGAUACGGAAAAGAAAUCAGACGCGCGGAAGGAGGAACUUCAGUCAAAGACCAAGCAAUGCGAGAAGCUGGAAAAUAUCAUCAAUGAUCUUCAGAACAAGGUAAGGAUGCAUCUUCACAGGGUAGGCUUAUCCCGGGAGGCAGGAUUACUACCUUAAGCUUGCGUUGUAUAACCCUUUAAGUCCCAUUAUAUCGACAUACAAAUUCUCCAAACUGAUCUUUAUAUAUUUCCUUAAAGAAUGAGUUGAGAGAAUCUGAUAAAAGAUCAAAGCAAAGCAGUAGGUGUUCAUUUUAUUAAUUCUCAUAACCAAAUCUCUUGACAAUGUAUGGAUAUCGUUAAGAGAAAAUUGAUCUUGGUCACUAUUGGGACUUGAAGGGUUAAGAGAAUUACCUUGCGUCGCAGGGGCUAAUCCCUCAAUUUAGAGUCUGAUACGACGGAUCACACGUAAGCCGGUUCAUAUCCUGGGCAAGCCAGAAAUAAUAAUUAUUUAUUUUUUAAUUUCUUCCAGAAGUAAUACUUACUCAUAAUUAUUUCUUUCCCCUGAAAGAACAAACUAAUUCCGAAGCAACUUCGGGACAUCCGAAUGCAACUUUGGAACAUUCCUGAGCUGAGCAAAUCCUUAACUUCGUGCUCCGCCGAAUUAGUUAGACUAAUCUGGCUGCACAAUUGUGAAUAACAAUGGCUUCUGCUUACAACUGGACUUGUUUAGCCUGCCUGGGUUUCCGCCUGCCUAAUAAAACGCGUCCUAGAAAUUUCAAACCUUUUUUCAACAUUGUAGGAAACCAUUAAAGAAUAUUAUCAUUUAUAUUCGGCGUACGCAAAUGUUUUCUUUACACCUAAUUCCUUUGGUAUAACCCUCCUCGUUAAUAUACGCAUUCAUCAGACACCGCGUUUUAAGCGCUUAUUGUUAACAUAAAACAAAAAAACAACCAUAGCUUUAUUGUUUUAUCAUCAGUCAUCCCUUGAAACUGGUCGCAAUGCAAUCAAAUUGCGAUGGAAUAAGCACGUUUUCGUUCAAACCUUGCCUUGCCGAGAUUUUCUACAAUUUUCAUCAAUAUUUCGUGUUAAAUUUUUAAAAACGUCUCACUGAAGAGAGAGAGGUAAGAGCAGACACCCAGAUAAGUGAGUUUUUUUGUUUAGAACUUCAUGUUUCACUCAGUUUGUUUGCCUAAUGUUAAAUGGAAGGCAAUUCAACCUUUGUGUUAACUCAGUCUGUCAGCUUGAACUUUAAAAAGCAAAGCCGUUUUCGAACCUUUGUCCUUGAGGUUAAAAAUCAUUACCUAAUCGACUUAGAAAUUAUAUAUUCUCCAUUAACUCCGAUAGAUUCCAGUUUGAACUCUUUCGGCAUUAUAUUGAUCUUUUGUUGAGUACUGCGUCUCUGUUUAAAUAUCUAGAUAGGUAUUUUAAUUCAUAUGAAUUCCUAAUAACAAUGAUUUGAUCAAAAUUGCACUGACUUCGCCUAAAACUUGGAGGGAGUUUCUUUGACUACAGUAAACACCCGCUAACAGAAACAUUCUAGCAGAAAUUUGGCAUUUUACGUUAAUAACCAAAAAUAUAAGAAUCUGGUUAGCCAAGCAAAAUCAAAUCUGGGUUUCAGGUACAUUAUGAUAAAGAUUUUAACCAGCAAGGUUUAGUUCGAGAUUCCCAAUUGUCUUUGAUAUCACAAGAAAAAACUGCACCAAACUGUAAUUACAAAUAAAAGUAUUACUGUAAUUCCUACAACAAAAACAGAUUUAUGAAAAGUGCAGAUUGUAAUUGUCUUCAUGGACCUUGGAAAUGAGGUUUACAAUCUGCAGUUGUGAAUAAAUACUGUGGGCCAGUUAUUUAAAAGGAGUUUAGGCGGUGUUUAAGAAAACCAUGUUUUAAGUCAUUUUCAGUUUGCUGAAUGCUUCUAUGUCAACAAGAUUUAUCGUGAAGUGUUUCAUGAAAGCAUAUAACGUAGACUAGAAAAGCAUUUCUCCUCUUGAAAUAAUCCACAACGUCCUUUAAAUAACCGACCUACAACCCACAACUAGCAGGUGGCAAUUAGUUAGCUACUGUAUUUACGACGCGUGAUCUGGGAUUUAUACUUGGUGACGACCUUACCUGGUCCCUGUACGGCGUUUUCCCAGGCCUUCUCGGUCAAUGCAUUACGGUGAUGUAUCUGAGACGAAACCUCGGUGGGACCACGUGACCCGAAACGCAUUGGCCGAGCACAAUAAUGAGGCCUAGGGACUAGGCAAGUGACUACCGAAAACAAAGCCAGCUAGUGGCUGGAACGGGACUCGAACCCGGACGAUGACCGUCGUACGCGCUGACCACUCGGCCAAGCUGCCGUAUCCACUGAGUCGCUAAUUUCCAAGACUUUUAAUCAGCUUGUUCAGUAACACACUUGCUCGCACUAAAGGAGGACAACAACCUCUUUGUCAUGCAACGCAAUUCUUGAAACGCUACUCCUCACCUAAAAACCACAUGAACAAACUUUUGAACUUUUGUCUUGCUGCCAGUGUGGGUGCCUCAGAAGAGCUCUAGAGGGAUACUUUGUCAGCCAGAAAGAACAGAAAUUUAUAGAUUGAUGCUUCUUGGGAAAUAUUUUGUGAACCGUCGUUAGAAUUCCUCUCUAGAAAGUCUCAUAAACCUUGGACUUGCUACUGAGAAUUAGACAGCUUCGACGGGUAACUUGAAUCUCAGUGUAAGAACCAUCGUAUCACACACCUGUCCUGAAUUGGCCCACGUUUCUCCCUCCCUCCCCUAGAGCUGUCUUUUCUUAUGGCCCCGAGCAUGUCAUUUACGCUUUUGUUUCGUUAUGUAGGUUGUACCAGAUCUAAGGCAGAAGCUUAACAAAACCGAAGCAAAUCUGGAGGUGGUACAACAAAAGAGCGGCGAGCUUUCAGUUGAGCUCAACAAAGCUGAAGACCAACACCAUAGUGACGAAGUGUGCAUUGACAAGUUGCGAAAGGAAAAGAAAGAAUUACUGGAAGGCAUAGCUAAGGCAGAACGCGACAUCAGAGCUGCUGAAGUUGCCCGAGACAAGGCUGAAGAUCAGAUAUCUUCUCUGAAAGACUCAGAGAAAACGCUGAAAGACAAGAAUAAUAAGCUGGAUUCCGAUUUGCUUUCGGCGCAAGAUAGGAUUAACGAGUUGGAAAACGAGUUGAACAGGCGGAUGGCUGAACCAGAGCUAAAAACGUAUAACAUCGAUGUUGUGGAGAGUGCCCCGGUUGUGGAAUCUGGUCCGCCCGGCGGGUUUGAUUUUUUUGUAGAUGAUGAGAGCGAGAAGCUGAGGAUUAAAGUGGGACAUCUGAACAGUAAAGUGGAAGAACUGAACGGUAAGUAUUGGCGGUUCACAUAGCGCCUCUCGUACAAAUUAACUCUGAUUGUUUCAUACGGGGUCUUUUUCAUUAAAGUGCAGUUAUAUGGGCAAUGUCACGGUUUUGGUUGCUCAUUUUACCACCUCCGCGCUCAGCUUGUUGCGCAACAAUUUAGUUUCGGCAUCUUUUUGCAGAAAGCACAUAAGAAAGUACAGGAGACUUCUGCUUUGCAAAUGCAACAUAUGUGCAACCAGACUGAAAAACCAGGGGAGGUACUCCGUAUAAUUACGGGGAGGGCUCCGCCAGAACGGGGUACCAUUUUUCAGGCGUCAGGUAUAUGGAAGAGUAGGGAUUUCAUUAGUUGAGGUAUAUGAAAGGGUAGCGAAAUCUGUCAUUUUGGUCCGUAAAAAGGCCCAAAAGGGCUAACAGCUGAAUUUUACGGCCUUAAAAAGUCGAGAAAACGUUCUGGUUUUGUGUUUGAUUUAUAUUUAAAAGGUAAUGCAUUUACAGCAGUUGAAAGGGAUGCAAAGUUCUAAACUAGUCGUCAUUAUAAAAUAACUAAGAUACUACGCGCGCUCUGAUUGGCCGAGAGGAGUGUACGAAUUGAAAAAAGUUUUUGAGUUCAAAACUCGACAAGUUUAAUCUAUUUACCCAUUUCCUCGUCAGCUGAAACUUGGAAAAUCGUUACGAACAAGGUGUGUCAACUUUUUAUUUCGCUUAAGGUGAUAUUUUGAACGACAAAAAUCCGUAUUUUGGAAAGCAUCUAUUUGCAAAACAGGAACUGAUUACGCGUACAAGAGUUCGUGUACAAGACUUUGCGACUGGCAAGAAUUUCUCUUUUGAUCAGUGCCAUAACAAAAAGUUUUGCGUUUUUUCCUCGGAGAAGUUAUUUUAUAAAAGCAAUAAAAAACUCUUUUCCUGUGUUUGCAUAGCCUGAUAUAAACACUCGAGGUCUUGGAAGAAUUCUCCAGAGUUAUGCUAACCCGAGAUGAAGUAGAGGGUUUGGAUAACAGUCUCGAAUUCUCCCAACCCCUCUCGUGUUUAUAUCAGGACUAUGCAAACACAGAAAACUUGUUUUAUUGCUUAAAUAGAAGGAAUACGAAAGGGGUCCUUUUUUUGUUAGAGGGAAAGGGGCUGUACCUCUGGGCGGAGCCUUCCCGUAUAAAAAUUUUUUCACUACCUCCCCGAGUGUCCAACAAAGAAACAUUGUUGCGUGCAAAAUUCCUUGAGCUGCUGGUAAAAUGGGUGACCAACAAUUUUGCACAAAAAGAGCUCUAUUUCUGAAAAAAUAAUUCAACCUGGUAGUUAAGGGGCAAUGAAACAUUUGGAAAACAUAACACCGCCAGCAAGUUAAAAUAGCUCUUCUAAAAAUUAUAUCUAAACGUGUCCAGAACUUUGCAGAUGUACAAUCAAAAUGACUAGAGUCUUACAAAAUUUGUCGCGAAAGAUUUUGAUUUAAGACUUCUCAAAUAGUGACCCGCGACCUAAAAAUAUAUUAAAUGGACUAAAAAACUAUCAGCAAGUGAUCAAAUACGGCACCUCUCUCUAAAGACAGGAAGACAACCGUGUAAAUCGAUUGUUAAGCAACCUUUCACUGGGUAUUUGCAAAGGCGACAUUAUAGAGCAUUGAUCAUUUCCCAUAAACCUAAUGUCUCUGCGAUUUCGGGCUCCAGUUGCAGCCGAAACCUUAUUGCUGCCUAGAAUACAUAAUUGCAGGAACUGUGAGAGUAACUUGAUUUUGAGAAAACUUAUAUGAUUCAUUAAGCUUUAUUGUUUCACUUGGAUCUUCAGGAAAUGGCUUAAAAAUCAUCAGAAAUAAUAGGUUUAGGCAUAGUAAAUUUAAAAGUAGUAUCAAUUUGUCAGGAGCCUGAAUUGGUUAAGUAAUAACACAUCAGCGAGAUAAUGAACUGAAAAUUGUGUUAUUGUUGAACGAAUGAAUGAAUGAAUGGAAAUAAAUUGUUUUUUUCACACAGGAGAAAUCCACGACCUUAAGGUUAAAUUGGAUAAAGCUUCUCAAGAAGUAAAUAAGUGGGAAAAAAAGUAUGAAGACGAGAAUCAGGAGAAGAUUAAGAUUUCAACUGUGCUUGAUAACGAGAAGCAAAAUUAUGGACGGCUUUGGAACGACUACAAUGAUCUCAAGAGCCAUCUGGCCAAAGCCGAAAGGAUGAUCGAGCAGGGUAGAAAGGAGAUAGACAAGAGAGACAGGACAAUAGAGGAACUCAAGGAAAAAAUCAAGCACUUACAGAAGGAGAGAGACCAAAACGAGGAGACUAUUGACAAACUUGAGGCGAAGCUGGAGGAGCUGAGAAGUAACAUGGAACUUAUAGAAGAGAACACCAUGGAAUACAAGAAGAAGUAUGGUGAUCUUGAUAGCGAUUAUAAAGUCAGUGAAAAAGAGAAAGAAAGCGUGCAGAAGGAUCUUGACGUCGUGAGUCGGAAGAUUUCUGAGCUAGAGAGAAAGCUUGAGCAGUCGGACCAAGAGAAAGGCGAUCUUCUUAAAGAAAAUGAAGACCUCAAGCAAAAGCUAACACGACUAGAAGAUGACUUUGAUUUGACCGUCAAGGAUAAGACAGUGUUCGAGAGUCAAGUUCAAGAUUGGUCGGAUAAGACGAGCAAACAACGAAAGAUGGUUGAAAAUCUUAGAAAGAAGCUGGCAGAAGCCCAGGAGGAAGCAGAAGAAUACAAAAAAGAACUGGCAGAGAAAAACAGUAGGAUUGAUGAGCUCUGCGAUAAAUUGGCAGACCUGAAAUCAAACUACGACAACAGUCAGUCAGACCUGUCGGCAGCAAGAGCAGAAUGCGAUUACAAGGAUGACGAUAUAAAACACCUGAAGAAGAAGCUUGAGGACACAGAGAAAGAAGUAAACAUACUUGACGCUCAGCUAGAGAAGGUAACUAAAGAAAGGGACAAUGCCGAGGUGGAACUAGCAGGUGUUCUUGAAAAGCUCAAACACAUGGAACCAAAACGAGGCAAUGAUAAGAAUAAGCAAGACGAAAAUUCAGUUUCGAUCAGCUUGCCCCCAAUUGACUUUGAAAGCCAUCUAACACCGCUCCGUCAGAGGAUAUAUGAACUCGAAAAUGAAAACAAAAGGCAAAAGGUCGCUGAGGAUCAUCUCUUAAGCGAUCUAAAAAAUAGAGAAGAUGAUAUUGCACGGCUUCAAAGGGAACUGGAUUCCUACAAAACUACUUGCGCUGGCUUGGAAAAAAAAGAGCGUGAAAUGAAGAAGAGAAUGGAGGAUCUUGAGAAAGAGGAGGAUGAACUUACGGAUGCUAACAAUGAACUGAAAGAUGAACUAGAAGAUCUAAGACCCAAAGUCGAGAAGUUACAGAAAGAGGUUGACGCCCUAAAACUUGAGAGGGAUAGGCUCAAGGAAAGUCUGAGCGAUUUCAGUGAAAGACUAACGCAGAGUAAAAAACACGUCACCGACAAAAAUCUGAACCUCUCAGAGCAGAUAAAAGUGAACUCAACUCUUGGAAAGACUGUGAAGAGGCACGAAGAUACUAUGGUAUCGUUGGGUCAAAAGUGUAAAGAAUUGGAAGAAGAGUUAGAAAACCUAAGGCCGCAACUGAGGGCUGCAGUAGCCAAAAACGAGACAUUAGAAGCUGAAAACAAAGCCUUGGACUCUCGUUUUAAGGCUCUGAAACGCAAGAUGGAAGAUCUUCAAAAGGAACUGCGAGAAGAAAUCGAAGCAAAGGAGUUGCUUCAACAAGAUGUGGAUUCUUUGUCUUACAAGUUGAACGUUGCUGAGACUAAUAACAAGACGCUUACUAAGCAAAAAAAAGAUUUGCAAAGUCAAGUUGAUGAACUGGAGACAAAGGUGAGAAAGCUCAAACCAGAGCUGGAGCAGACCCGUAACAAGCUCAAAGAAAAAGAUCGCACUAUCAGUCGUCUGGAGUCGGAUAUGAAAGAGAAAGAUGCAAAGCUAAGCGAGGACAAGCGUACGAUCAGCAGUCAGAAAGACAAUAUCACUACCUGCAGAAAAGAUAUUGAGGCGCUUAAGAGUGCAAACGAAAUUAACAGAAAUCGCAUCAAAGAGCUCGAAACCCAACUUAAGGAGAUGGGAAACAACAUGCAAUCUGUGGCGAAUGUGUCAGUGGUGCAGUCAGCACCACCUGUUAGCUUCAGAGAGGAAAGACUUCGUAGCGAUCCUGACGAGAGAGUCCAUGAAUUAGAAACACUUCUUAAGAAGAGCGAGUGUCGCGAAGAGCAACUCAGGGAACAGCUGCGGCUGCACGAAGACCGUCUUCCACGAGCAGAGAAAAAUGCCAAGGAUGCUAAAGAGAGAGAAAUAGAUGUUCAGCACAGCUACAAUACAGCACAAAGAAAGCUAGAAGAACUCAAAAAGAUGCUGGAGAGAUCCAAUCGAGAGAAAGAGGACGCAAAAAUGGAGUUAGGGCAAGCUCGAACGCAGAUAACACGUUUAGAAUGCAAGUGCGUUGAGGACGAUAAUGAAAUUAAGUCAUUAGAGAGUCAGCUUGAGCAGGCCCACCGAUAUCUGGAGGACAAACAAGAACAGUUGCUUACUCUUGACGAGGACCACGUACGACUUAGAGUGACAUGUGAUUCUUAUGACAAAGAAAGGGACGCUCGUAACGCUACUUUUCAAAGACUGCAAGAGAAGAAGACCGAUCUGGAGAAGAGGUGUGAUUUCCUAGUGUCAGAUUUGAAAUCAAGUCAAGAAAACUGCGACACAUUGAAGGAAGAAAAGGCAAGGUUGCAAGAAGAGUUAGGCGAGCUCAAACGUACAACUCUUGUUGACUUAAAACGAAAUUUCACUCGGAUGCAGGGAGAGCGAGAUCGAGCUUUAGAAGAGCUCAAUUCAGCGAACAGAAAACUGGAAGACAUCGAGGCUCAGUUAGCUGAAUCACAGGCGAGAAGAAAAGAUAUAGAAAAGGAAAAUGAUGAGUUAGAAGACGAGAUAAGACAGCUGAAGAACGAAAACGAGAGCAGGAGGAAAAAGAUCGAGGAUCUAGAGGAUAAAAUCGAAGUACUAAACCUCGAACUCCAGCGCGAUGAAAAGGACAUAGAUGAUUUGAAAGAAACAAAGAACAAGUAUGAGGACGAAAUUGCAGACCUUAAGGUGAAACUCGCAGAGAAGCACGACGUUAUUGAGAUUUCACCCAUGAAUGUGGCAACCGUUGACACGCAGUAUGCAGCAGCACCAGGGUUCGAUUUUGGCGCCGAUCCAGACGCACUCAGCAACCUUGAAGAUGAGAACCUUGGCCUCAAAGAGAAGCUGAAGAGAAAGAAAAUGAAAAAGGCAGUUUUGAGCGACCAGCUUAACGACUACAGAAACAAACUGGGAGAUGCGGAGGGUAAGAACGAUCGUCUUGAAACAAAACUUAGAGAGGCAGAGGACCGCAAUAAAGAGUUAGAAAAGUCGUUGCCUGAAACAAUAGAGGAAUUAAAUCAGGUAAACGAUAAGUGUCAGUCCUUAGAAAAUGAGCUCAAGCAUCUGAAGAAUGAUUUGCAAGCUGCCCAAGACGAUUUAGGUACUGCAGAGGCACAGCAAGCUGCUGCAUUGGCCAAAGUGAAGUCGUUAAAGCGAGACCUUGAUGAAAAGCAACGUGAAUUGCUUGAUAAAAACGACGACAUUAUUGAAAAACAAAGAAAAAUCAACGAACUCUAUGCCAUUAUAGAGGGUGGCCAUAACGAUUCUGAUAGCCUAAAGCAAGUCAUUGAGGAGCUGAGAGAAGAUGUUAACACUAAGGACAGAGAGAACAAUAAGCUGCAAGAGGACCUUCGUUCCACUCAAACGAAUGUUACUAAACUGCAAGAAAUUCUCGAAGAAAUGAAAAUCAAGCUGGAAUCUACAGAAGACGACCUAGAGGAGUACAAAAUGGAGGUGGAGAGAAUGCACGGCGACAUUGUAAUGCGUGAUCAAGAGCUGGAAGACGUUCAAAGAAAUCUAGGUGGAAUGUUAAAGUAUGCAAAGGAUGAAAAAGAAGCCGUUAAUAAGAAACUCAAGGAGGCUAAAGAGAGUCUUAAGGCUGCCAAUGACGAAAAGAAGAUUCUCGAAUUCAAUAAUGCUGAACUUGAAAGAAUUUGUGAGCAACUGAGAAAGGAAUCAAAAGCCAAAAACACGUUGGUUACCACGGGAUCUGGGGUCAGUGAGGAUCAUCUAAAUGAUCUAAGAAAUAAACUCUCGGAAUAUCGACAAAAAUACCAGACCGUCUGUAACGAAAAGAUGAAACUAGAGCUCGAACUUCGGGAUAAAGAUGUGAAAAUUUCACAAGUAGCUGGACCGUCCGAUUCAUUGCGAGAAGAGCGAGAUCGUCUGAAAGACGAGGUUAUCAAUCUGCAGGCCACAAUCAAAGACAUUAAGAAGAAAAGUCAGAAGGCUCAAAGGGAUGCUGAAGACCUUCGAAGAGUUCUAGUCUCCAAAGAUAACGAGAUUCAGCGUUUAGAAGAUAAAAUCCGAAAAUUGGAAGACGAGAAAGAAAAAUUAAAGAAAGACUACACCAACUUGGAGAAGAAGAUCUCUGAAUUAAAGGUCGAGCACGAGAAACUGAAAUAUGAAAGGAAUAAAGCGGAAAACGACCUGUCGCUGAUGAAAAAGAAAUUCGAGGCUCUGCAAAAUCAGCUAAACUCGGUGGACGUUCCUAAACAACUCCAGGAAGUAGUGAGCAGAAAGAAAUAUCAAGAAUUGGAGGCAAGUUGUCAGGACGCGCUUCGCGAGAAAGAGAAAGCAAAGAGCGACAUGGUAGCUUAUCGCACCAAGUUGGCAAGACUAGAAACCGAGUUAAACGAGCAGAAGAGAGAAAAAGAUGUCCUGAAUGACGAGGUUAAUCGGUUGAAAAACAGCGAAUCUGAGCUGAAAAACAAGCUCCAAGCUUCUCGAGAUAGACACAAGGAAGACAAAGACAAAUGGCUUGAGUGGCGUAAGGAAAAUUACGCCCCACUGAAUAAGGAACUUCAGAGGGCCAACAGUGAGAUCAAAAGACUCGAGAAAACCAAGACAGCACAGGCAAACGAAAUAGAAGACUUAAAGGAUGAAAUUGCUGAUCUUAAUAAGAGAAUUGCCGAGCUAGAGGAAGAGGAUUACACUGAUGCUGCUCCCCUGCACUCAGUCAACAUUGACAUUGGGGGAGACUCGAAGGCACUCCAGGAUGCCCUCGACGAAAAAGCUGAAGCGCUGAAAGAACUCCAAAGGUUAAAAAGCAAAGUUUUGACCCUCGAACACGAUAUGGAUAUUCUCAGAACAAGAGAGGAGCAGGAAAGGACGAUGGUGAGCGAAGUGACCAACAUGAACGAUAAACUCAAGGAGGAGUUGCGACAGCUCAAAAAAGGAAACCAUGAUCAACAAGGAUCUCAGGGUAAGCUCCUAGAAGAGAUUAAGGAUCUCGUCCACCAGGUUAACACUUUGAAAGAAGACAAAGAUGAGUUGGAGAAGGACAUUGAAGAGCUAAGGGAUGAGUUGCACGACGUGAAGGCUGAAAAUCGAAAAUUAAUGACGGAGAACAAGGAACUCAAGCUCGAACUGCAACAGCUAGAGGUCAAACUGCAUGAACUAGAGAUUGGACACAAGCUAGCCACAGACGAUUACGAGAAGAUCCGUAACGAGUUGUUAAAUGCACAAAACGAGAAUACUGAUCUAAAAGACAGCCUCAGUAGACAGAUUGACAUCAUUCCUGUGCAGACAGUAUCUGAAGUAGAGAGUGCUCUUCCAAUGAGUUUCGAUGAUGACGUGGAUGGAGUAAAGAGAGACAACGAUUCGCUGAAAAUAGAGAUAGAUGCCGCAAAGGAACAGGUUGGAAUGUUGAAUAAGGAGCUUGAAGACUUCCAGAACACUAAUAGCAGGCUUCAAGAUGACUUGUCAAAGGCUAGACAAAGACUCAAAGAAGAAGAGGCAGAAAUUGAGAAGCUGGACGCAGAGCGGGACAACCUUCAUCAUGAAAUUCAGAUCGCAAACCAAAACAAUGAUCACCUACGUGACGAGAUGGACAACCUUCAGGAUCAAAAGGACAAACUUCAGACAGAGAACGACGAACUUAAAGACGAAAACAAGGAUCUAGAGCAAAGGUUGCAGAAACUUAACAAGGAGAAAGCAGAUCUGGAAAGAGAACUGAAGAGAGCCAGUGAUGUUGCUAUUACGAAGAGAAGACCAUCUCGAGACUUUCAAAAUGAGAGAGAAAGGAAGAUAAGAGAAUUGGCAGAAAAGGUCGCUGAGCAAGAAAGAAAAAUUCAAAGAGAAGAGAGCCAGCUAUCAUCACUGAAAGACGAAAAUGACGACUUGCUGGAAAAGAACAGAGAUCUGCGCAAUGAAAACAAAGAUUUACACGCCAGGGUGACACAGCUGGAAAAUGAAGUCAAGAUUGAAAACAAAAAAAUUGAGGACCUGGAAAAAGAGAUUCAAGAACUGGAAGAUAUGGUGGCAAGCGGAAAGGGAGGAAUGGAUCCAGAGAAAGAGAAACAACUAAUUAGAGAGAACAAUGCCUUGAGUGAGAGGAACAAGAAGCUUCAGAAAAACCUGGACGACGCCAAGAAAGAGAUUCUUGACUUGAAGGAGCAACUGGAUGAGUACAAUAAUAGGUUUGAAGAUAAUAACAAGCAGUUAGCCGUGCAGAUUACGGCACUUUAUGGAGGUCAGAGUGAAUUAUACAAAAAAGAAAUCGAGGAAAAAGAUGCGAAAAUUGAAGACCUUCAAAAGGAUAAGAUGGAAGCUCAAAUGCAGCUAGAGCGUUUGAAAGAAGAAUAUGAUGCCGCCAAAUCCACCCUUGCUGACUUUCAGAAGAAGAAUGACGAACUACAAAAAGAUAUCAAAUCAUUACGAGACGAUAAAAACAGGCUGGAUAAUAAGCUGCUAGAAGAGAUGAACUACAACAAAGUAAAAACAGCUGAGCUAGAGGCCGAGCUAGAAAUUCUGAAGAACAAGAUUAAAGACAAAGAUGACCUCAUUAAGAAGAAUGAAAAACAGAUGCAGCAACUGCGGGAGCAGCUGGCGAGCUCAGUACCUAGUGACCAAGCCUCCACCACCCUAAUUCUGGAUCGGAAGGGUUCAAGACCGCGGGAAUACAAAAUGAUGUUGAGUUACCAAGACGGACUAAUGAACAGACCUGGAUCAGUCCGCUCUUCAAGCGAAAGCAGCCUACCAAACGGUGAUGUAUCAGGAUCAAGUGACCUUGAGCACUCUGAGCUGGGAGAAAAACUAGGAAGAGAGAUUUCGCGUGGCCGAGGAAAGAGGAGCAGUGAACCUAAAGAUCACGUUGGUGAAAAAAUAGAUGUCGUAGAGAGUAGGCCUGUGGAGUCCGAGCGUGAUUAUGACUCUGUGUUCCGAAGCAGCACUCCAGUGGAAGAGGAACAAGGGACAAGGCGUGGAAGGAGAGAGUCUGACCGCUAUGGAUCUGAUCGGGACCGCUACAGUACUCGAGACAAAGACAGAGCAAAUGAAAGCUCCAAUGACAGAGAAUCCGAGAGGCCCAGCUAUCGGGACCGAGAGCGACGUUCAACAGACCGUGGAAAGGAACGUAACAGAGCUGAAUGCCAGCAAAGCUAGAUCCCUAAAGCAGCUACAAGAAAGAACAAUUGGCUAACCCUUUAAUAGCAUAGACAUAUACCUAUUGAUCAUUUGAACAAGUGCAUGCAACAGUUAUAAGAAAAGUUUAAAUGCCGAAUUAUUUAGGGGCAGGGCUGAGUACCAAUACGCUAUCAAGUGAAAUUUAACCCUUACUACACAUAGCCUCAGAGAGUUGAAUGCUAGCUUUAUUAUAAGCAGUGGCCUGAAAACCGAGGGAUCCUUCUACUUCGGGUAUAGCGUGAAGUUCGUAUUCAUUAUUCAUUUUCUAUUUUGCUUAGUUUAUGUACUGCCAGUACUAUAACGUUGGAUAACUUUGAUGCAGCUUUUCAAACAAUUCCAGAAAUGAUCUAAAACAAAAUCCAGCAUUUAAUAGAGAUUUAAAAUAGUAAAGGAGUCCCUUCCUUUACAAGCCAAUUAGCGUCAAGUUUUCUAACGGCCAGAACGGACCAAUCAGCGUUCGAGUUAGAUUUUGCAGCGUCCUUUUUUUUUAAGCGCGACGUUAUCCAUAGUGUACCAAUUCAGCUGCACUCCUUUACUGACUAGUUGAAAUAAGUUAAAUACUUUUUGCAUGAACUUGAAUAUCAAGAAAGGAAAACGAUGUUUGAAGCGGGCAUUUGUCCCUAUUUUGAAAUCUUGCAACUAGAUCCAAUAGUUUGUCAGAAAAAUCGUAGAUGUAGAUUACCCUUUAUGAUAUCGAUAUCCGUAUUCUUUCUUAAGUUUACUUACAGUGAAAUGUUGGCAAGAAACAAAAAAACUAUAACCGAAUUUUCUACAUGUAAUCCCAGCUGGAGCAAAUUCAUAGGCGAGGAAGG